AUGUGUUGUGACAUGAUAACGAAAUGGCGGUAUUGCGUGCGUAAUACUUAUACAUGUUGAAGACAGAAAUAAAGUUUGUCAGAAAAUCAUUUGCGGAGAAGAAUUUGGUGACAUUUCUCGCUCACAGAUAUGUGCCUUCGAAUGUUUGCAAAUCACAUGUGUGAACAGUAAAGUUCCGACACGACGAAAUGGUUGACGGAACUGAAAAUCACGAAAGAAACCUCUUGGUGCUGGAGAAUGAUCACGCAGCAGUAUCCAGCAAGGUGGAAGCUGUUAAAGAGAUAUGCAGGUUUGAUACACUUCGGUGCAUAAAAAAUGAUGGAGAUCUGUUAACUCGUUUUCUGAGUGCAGUUAUAAAGUUUUUAGAGACUUAUCCAAAUGAAUGCUCUAAUGCUGUCCUUGAUGUCUUAGAAUCUGCAAUUUCUGACAUUUUAAAAUUGAAGGACACAUUUCCACUGACCUCACAUUUGCUGAACAUUAUCUGUGCGGUUGUACAUACUGGUGAACCAGAAUUGCUUGCUUCUAAUAAUGGUAACAGAGAAGCCAAUGAGAGGAAAUCGGAGGAUAAGUUUUCUGAUGGAAAAGAGGGCUUGCCAGAUAAGCUGGUUAGACUAAUGAAAUGCCUGAAUCUCUGUGAUAAAAGUGUUAUGUGGGAAAACUUGGGUAGUGCACCAAAUUUUGCGAAGUACAUAGGUGUAAUAUUAAAAUGCAUGAAUAUGAGGGGUAGUUCUGACAGUGUUCUAACUGAUCUUCGGCAACAAACAUUAAGGACGGUGUUCAGAAUUUUUAGCAAUGUGAAGCAUAUGGGUGUGAAUCCUGUAAAUAAUGAGACACUCAGUGAGUGGGUGGAAAUAUUGUUGUCAUUUGUGUUUGAUAACGACGACGACAUUCAGAAAUCUGCAGUACAUGGUUUGCAUUCAAUGUGGACGUGUUUUGCUGCUAGUGGCUGGACGAAGGAUUUUAUAUGUUCUCCUGAACUGAAGAAACAAAUAAAGUCAGAUUACUGCCCUAAGCUAAUAAAGCUUGUUGAAUCUCCUGAGCGUGUGGAACCGAGCUGGGAAGUCGUAUGGUGCCUCCUGGUGGACCUUCUGGCAAAUCAAUUGCUGUCAAACCAGAACAGUCAGUUGACAAACAGCAUGCUUGCUGUGGAAGAAAGAGCAUUUAAACGCAGUGACAGAGCUCCAGCUUUCAAAUGUUGGAAGUACCUAAUUGAAAAGUUGUGUGCUUCAAAUGGUCAAGAUAUUAAGAAGCACCUGAAACUUUUACUACAGCCACUAGUUAUUAGCAACACCAAAAAUGAACAGUUGAUUCGUUUGAAACAUGAGGUUUUUUGGUUCUUUGUUUGCUGCGCAGCACCUUUGUGUGAUGACUGCAGUGUAGUUCUUAAUGCAUUUCUCAGAUUCAACUUUGGAAUACCUGAUCAGACUGAUCUGAGUCAUUUCAAUCUUUCUGUUAGCAACAGCUCUGUUGCUGGCAAUGGAAAACAUGCAUUUUCUGGCCUGAAGAGAAACUUCCACAUUUUUCGAUCUGGUUGCAUUGAUAGAUUAGCACAAGUUUUGUGUCCUACUGCACCAGAGAGCAGAGAUGAUUUUCAGUUUGAAUCACCAAAAUUGUCUGUCGCUGUAAUUAAAUCACCAGCACAGUUUCUGCGGCUUCACCCACUGAUCCUCUAUUGUGCAUGUUCUGCAGUGUUGAUUGUGGCAUACCGGAAAAACAAAGAAGCACAGGAAGUGCUGAAUCAUGAGCAGGCAGUGUAG